CCUCCAGGGAUCCAACCAUGCGAUCAAGAACCAAAGCUGCUUGCCUCUUUGCUCUCUACUUCUCCCUCUCCCUGGAAAUUGCCCAUGUGAGUCCUCUGUCCUUCAAGUUGAACUUCACCGAAUCAAAUCAUAAUGGAUCAGCCACAGUUCAGUUUCAGGAGGAUGCUUUCUACAACAAAGCAGUCAAGCUCACCAAGGAUGAGUUGAAUGGAAAAAUCACUCAGAGUGUAGGCCGAGCAGUCUACACCGAUCCAGUGCCUCUCUGGGACAGCACCACUGGUCAGUUAGCCAACUUCACAACCCGCUUCACAUUCAAGUUAUAUGCACCCACGAACGACAGUUCGUACGGUGAAGGACUAGCCUUCUUCCUCUCAUCAUACCCUUCUGUGGUCCCCAAUAGCUCAAUAGAUGGUUAUCUUGGCCUCUUCAACAAUAGCAAUGAUCAGAACAAUCCACUCAACCAGAUUGUGGCUGUUGAGUUUGACAGCCACAAGAACACAUGGGAUCCAGAUGGCAACCAUGUAGGCAUCAACAUCCACUCAAUUGUAUCUGUAGCAAAUGUGACAUGGAAAAGCAGUAUCAACGAUGGUCGGAUAGCCAAUGCUUGGGUAACUUACCAUGCAAAUUCAAAGAACUUGAGUGUUUUCUUGUCAUAUCAGGACAACCCACAAUUCAGUGGUAACUCCAGCCUAUCGUAUUCGGUUGAUCUCAGGGAAUAUCUCACAGACAAGGUGGCCAUCGGAUUUUCUGCUUCUACAGGUAAAUUUGUAGAGCUGCAUCAGAUUCUUUACUGGGAAUUUGAUUCUACAGAUGUGCACCUGAUGAAGACUGGGAAAACAAAAGCUAUAUUGGUCAUAAGCUUGUCUACCAGCGCUAGUGCUGUUGUUUGCUCUAUGGGCUUGGUUUACUUCUUUCUACAUUUUAGAACAGUUAGAAGGAUUAGGAGGUCAAGAGAGAAGGAAGAAGAGAAGCUAGAUUGUGAUGAGUCCAUUGACAGUGAGUUUGAGAAAGGCAGGGGCCCAAGGAGAUUCCGAUACAAUGAACUCAUAGCCGCAACGAACAACUUUGCUGAGGAGAGAAAGCUUGGAGAAGGGGGUUUCGGUGCUGUGUACCAGGGUUUCUUGAAGGAUCAAAACAUUGAAAUUGCCAUAAAACGAGUAGCAAAAGGGUCGACGCAGGGGAGGAAGGAGUACAUCUCUGAGGUCAAGAUCAUCAGCAGAUUGAGGCAUCGGAACCUUGUGCAACUUGUGGGGUGGUGUCAUGAGAACGGGGAGUUCUUGUUAGUGUAUGAGUUUAUGCCAAACAGGAGCUUAGACAAACACCUCUAUGACAGUGGAAACCUUUUUGCAUGGCCAUUGCGAUUCAAGAUAACCAUAGGUGUUGCAUCUGCCCUCCUGUAUCUCCACGAGGAGUGGGAACAAUGUGUUGUACACCGUGAUAUCAAGCCAAGCAAUGUGAUGCUUGAUUCUGGAUUCACUGCUAAGCUUGGGGACUUUGGGCUCGCACGGCUUGUGGACCAUGACCGAGGCUUACAAACUACAGUGCUAGCUGGGACAAUGGGUUACAUGGCUCCGGAGUGUGUUACCUCUGGGAAAGCAAGCAAAGAGUCUGAUGUCUACAGCUUUGGUAUUCUUGCACUGGAGAUUGCCUGUGGACGGAGGCCCGUAGUGCCAAAGGAAGACCAUGACAAGAUCAGUUUGGUUCAAUGGGUUUGGGAUCUUUAUGGAAGAAAUGAGUUACUUAAUGCAGUUGAUAGAAGGUUUGAUGGUGAAUUUGACGAGCGUGAAGUUGUUUCCUUGAUGGUUGUUGGACUGUGGUGUGCACACCCAGAUUAUAAUCUCCGGCCUUCGAUUCACCAGGUCAUAAGCGUACUGAAGUUUGAAGCACCAUUACCAGACCUUCCACCGAAGAUGCCAGUGGCAAUGUAUUUUGCACCACCAAUUUCUCUGUGCAGAUUUUCAUACUCAUCUAAUGGGAUGCUGAAGGAGCUGGAGAGGCCCAACGGUUACGGAACUACAAGCUCAUCCAGUGCAACCAAUGAUUCUUGUGCACCUCCCUCUGUUCGGUUACCAGAGGUUGGUUACUAGGUUUGCUAUGUAUUAUGAUUGAUUAUGUUUGCAACUUUGCAUUUGUGUGGUGCUGACUAUUUUUGAGAGGCGCUAAAAUUUAACUGCAAAGAGACAUGUAUUUGACUCUAGCUAGAUGCUGCGA